AUGAAUCCAAAUUAGCAGAGCUCAAAAAACUCUGCAUUUCUUUUGUUUAUUUUAUUUUAUUUUCUUUUAAAGCAAAGUCUAACCUUCUGACUUUCUAAAGAAGAAAGUCUUGUAAAACCAAUGGAAGAAUUUUUUGGUUACAUUAUUAUUCUCAUUUUGCUUACCUUGUUUUUAUUCAUGUUUUUAACAAACCAAAAUAGAAGACAAUCUCAAAACCAGACAAGUGCCAAGCUUCCUCCAGGUUCAAUGGGAUGGCCGUACAUAGGAGACACCCUCCAACUCUAUUCCCAAGACCCAAAUGUUUACUUCUCCACCAAACAGAAAAGGUAUGGAGAAAUAUUCAAGACCAACAUCUUGGGUUGUCCCUGUGUGAUGUUGACAAGCCCUGAGGCUGCACGUUUUGUGCUAGUAACUCAAGCUCACUUGUUCAAGCCAACAUACCCCAAAAGCAAGGAACAUUUGAUUGGUCCAUGUGCCUUGUUUUUCCACCAAGGAGACUACCACAUGCGUUUGAGGAAGCUAGUUUUGAGGUCUCUCUCCUUUGAGACACUUCAAAAUUUGGUGCCUGAUAUUGAAGCCUUAGUCAUAUCUUCCAUGAAAACUUGGGGUGAUGGCCAUGUCAUUAACACAUUUAAGGAAAUGAAAAGAUUUUCUUUUGAAGUUGGUAUCCUCACAAUCUUCGGCCAUCUAGAGCCUCGGUUGAAGGAAGAGCUAAAGAAGAAUUAUUGGAUUGUGGACACUGGCUACAAUGCCUUUCCAACUCGCAUCCCUGGAACCCAAUACAAAAAGGCACUUUUGGCAAGAAGGAGACUUGGUAAGAUUCUAAGUGAUAUAAUAUGUGAGAGAAAGGAGAAGAAGUUGCUUGAAAGAGAUCUCUUGAGUUGCCUAUUGAAUUGGAAAGGUGAAGGAGGAGAAGUCUUAUCUGAUGAUCAAAUUGCAGAUAACAUUAUUGGGGUUCUCUUUGCUGCUCAGGACACUACAGCUAGUGUCAUGACAUGGGCUGUAAAGUAUCUGCACGAUGAACCAAAACUUCUGGAGUCUGUAAAGGCUGAGCAGAAGGCAAUUCACAAGUCAAAUGAAGGUAACAUACCACUAAGUUGGAAUCAGACUAGAAACAUGCCAAUUACUCACAAGGUUGUGUUAGAAAGCUUGAGAAUGGCAAGCAUUAUAUCAUUCCCUUUCAGAGAAGCAAUAGCUGAUGUUGAGUAUAAAGGGUUCCUAAUUCCAAAAGGGUGGAAAGCAAUGCCUCUGUUUAGAAAUAUUCAUCACAAUCCAGAAUUUUUUCCAGAGCCUCAGAAAUUCAACCCUUCAAGAUUUGAGGUGGGACCAAAACCCAAUACUUUCAUGCCAUUUGGUAGUGGAGUACAUGCCUGCCCUGGCAAUGAGCUUGCUAAGCUGGAGACACUGAUUAUGAUCCAUCAUUUCGUCACCAAGUUUAGAUGGGAAGUGGUAGGAUCUGAGUGUGGGAUUCAAUAUGGCCCAUUUCCCUUGCCACUAAAUGGACUCCCAGCGAGAUGUUGGAGAGAAUCUAUCGACUAGAAAAGCAUCAUGGAAAGAAAAGCAUCAUCAUCUCUUGUAGCAAACAAGAAAUUCACUUUCCAAAGUCACAAAAAUAUUAUUUUUCUUUUACAUUUUGACUUUGUAAUUUUUUUUUCAUGGUAGGGUUACUUCAAUAUCUGCCCUCUAUUCUUAGUCGUAUUCCACCCGUGAAAGAAUGAAAGGAAACGCCUCAACAGGGGUGGUUCUUUAUUUUUCUCUUCAAGCAUGUGUGUUGAUUAUCAUUUUGAGUCAAAGGCUUUUCUUUUGCUCUAUCUGUGAAUUAUAAGACGACUCAUCAAUAUGUUAUGUAUACGAACAUAAUCAUAUUAUGCUGAGUGGAAAAGUAGGUGAGAGAAAGCUCUUUUUCUGUUUAUUAUAUGUAGAAUGUAUACAUUAGUGAUCAGUGAAC